AUGCUAACGCUCACGCAUUGUAUCCGAAACAUUUUCGCACUGGCGGAGUCGCUUAAACUCGCCCCGUCACCAUUCUCGUCUAAUCCUAAUUGCAUGGCGUUCGACAACGGUGGUGUCGCGGAUGUGCGAUCCCAGCUGGAACGGCAAGCGGGAGUGCGCCCGUCCUCGCACUGGUUGGAAGAUUGUCAACGUGAAUUGCGUUAUUCCGGUGGAUCCGUAUCGGCCGAUGCCGUGUUGGAACAGAUCUUGCACCACGAUUUGCGGGAUGUGGUACGGGAGUUCGUCGAGCCGUCACCACAGUCUCCUGGGCCUCCGAACGGUACGACUUCCUGCGCGGUGCAGUUGCGCAAGGCGAUCCAGGUAUCGCAGCCAAGCCACGCGGAAUCGGACCAGAGAAGUAGUAACAGCAGCCACAAGGCAACCUUGUCGGCCAGUUUCCGAUGGAUGGUACAGGUGGAGGAACUCUUGGAUAUCUCGCACAAUGCCGAAGCCCGACUGCAAGUGGGUCCCGCUAGUCCCAACGCCCCGACACCCAUUGGCAAUCAAAGGAAGCGUCUUUUGAAAAUGUGCCUGUCGGAUGGUUGCUACGGGGACGGCCGAGUGUUCGAGACGAACAGUCCGGAAAACAGUCUCGUAAGCAGUAGCCGCCCGGGACCCUCUAGUAUUCUGAGUAUCAUCGGCAUGGAAAUUUCUCCCAUUCCGUCACUUUCGGUCAAUACCCUGGCGGGCACCAAGCUUGUGUUGCAAGGACCCAUCACCAUUCGUCACGGUGUAAUGCUCCUGCACGUGGGGAACACGAUAGUUUUGGGUGGCAACGUACCAGAAUUGGUAGAAAUUCAAAUCUCCGCGUUGCAACAGGCCAAGCGCAUGGCUGGAGUCGGUGUAGAUCCCACCAUCCGAGCAUUGGUAUGGAAUCCCGAAGCCCAGGUCGGCCUGGGUGGCGAUGACGAAGACGAAGGCGAACACGAAAGUGAAGACGUGGUGGCAGCACCUCGAGCAACGCAACUUCCUCCGUCUACUGCCACAGUACCCAUGGCACCGCGUCCGGCGGUUGCCACAGUACCCACACCCGCCACUCGACCACCGCUGGCUCGCUCUGCUGUUGCUGCCGUUCCUCGGUAUCGUCCAGCGCCUUCCGGACUGGACGCAGUUCCCCGGAAUAGAAAUCCGUACACCGCAAAAAGCGCCUCCAGCAGCAGCCCAGGAUCUUUGACCGUCAUCUCUCCCGUACCAGCCGCGCGGGGAGCCAAUCCGUACGUGACCCCGACUUUUACGGCAGGAACACUUUCGUCGGUUCAAGGCUCGGCAUCAUUGGUGCAGUCCAACACGACAGAGCGGAUGGAUGCGGUAUCGGGACCUGAGUCUAAUCCCUUGCCUUCAGCGGGAGUUUCGUCACAGUCGACCUUGACGCCCAACGCUUUCGCUCGAACCACCGUUGCUCCUGUCCCUGGUAAUACUACAGGUUCAGCCAUGGAGUUUGCCGAACUUAUGGAACUACUUCGGCGAGUGCGCACCAAUCCAGCCUUGUACCAAAAGUACUAUGGCAAAAUUCUCUUGACGUCCUCUAUAAGACAAGUAGGACUUAAAUUGUCCUUCAAUAUUUCCAAACGCCAACAAUACGUCAAAGGCCAAGGAGAGAAGUACGAGUACGAUAUGGCGGCGCGGUUUGGAGGUCCCAACGAGCACGACGCCAGUCUGUUAUCGUGCAAAAUCUCUAGUAGUAUAUUGGAACCAUACUUCGGGAAGCCACCGGUCAGUGCAAUUGCAACAUAUACUUGUCGAAACUUUACGCUUGCAAAUGCGGCCUCUCAAACACUGCUUUCUUUCAAAACAAUGUAG